AUGGAAAAACUAUGCUUGGCACUAUUUUGGUCUUGUUCGAAGUUGCGGUAUUAUUUGCUACCUACCACGGUCAAUGUCAUAUGCCAGAUUGAUAUCAUCAAGUACAUGCUCACUCGGCCAAUCUCGAGAGCCCGGGUUAGGAAAUGGGCCUUGCCGUUGGUGGAAUUUGCCCUUCAGUACAUCCCUCAAAAGGUCGUUAAGGGCCAGGCUCUGGCCGACUUCCUCUCUAACCACCCACCCAUCCAGGUCGACAGAGGCGAAGGGCAAGAGGAGACGGUGGGGGUCACGCACAUUGGCAUUACACCAUGGUCUUUGUCAUUUGAUGGGUCCAAAACUAGCCAGUCAGAACGAGCAGGGAUAGUGAUUCGGUCCCUGCAGGGGGUGGAAACCCAGUUGGCGGUGCAUUUGGGUUUUACGUGCUCAAAUAACCAGGCCAAGUAUGAGGCCCUCAUCAAAGGGAUGAAGAUCCUCCUCGCUAUGGGGUCUAGGUCGGUCAAAAUAAGCGGGGACUCUCAGCUUGUGAUCAAACAGGUGGUAGGGGAAUACCGUUGUGAGAGUGAGCACUUAGUCCGCCACCACCUGCUAGUAGGAAUCUUGGUUACCCAGUUCAACGAUGUGUCCGAAAAGCACAUCCCUCGCCUGAGGACUCAGAUGGCCAAUGUCUUGGCCCAGAUAGCAUCAGGCUUGCGCCCUGCAGAGGACUGCUGGGAAAGAACAGUUGUAAUCCAGAAGUAG